AUGACGGUGGACUCGUACAUCUUUAAAGUAGGCGGAGUAGUCGUUCAUGGUUUUGGCCGAGGUAGUAGAGAGCUGGGAAUUCCAACAGCAAAUUUGUGCGAUGAAGCUCUUCAAAGUUUGCCGCCUUCGGCUGCCACAGGCGUCUACGCAGGUUGGGCUCAAGUUAACGAUGGACCUGUGUACAAAAUGGUGAUGAGUCUUGGCUGGAAUCCUUAUUACAAGAACGAGAAGAAAUCUCUUGAGGUACAUAUACUACAUGAAUUUCCUGAAGACUUCUACGGUGAACGACUUAAAAUCAUUGUGCUUCGUUAUCUUCGUCCAGAAACCGAUUUUGAAUCAAUUGGUAGGUUUUUUCGAAUAUUUACUCCAAUUUUCGUGUUGUUGCAAUUACGCGGUCUGCGAAUCAAGCUGGCAGGUCUCCCUAGUUUGUGGUGCCAUCAUCAUUACUCUUUUAAGUGCAAUAUAAUUUUCUAA